UUAUUUUUGUAUUUUUUUUUUUUUUUUUGUAUGUUUUGAAAUAAUUUUUUUUUAUAUAAAAGAAGCUUAUUAGUUUUAAUUAAUAAACGAAACCUCCACUUAGUUGGAGUAGUCUUGGGCUUAGGCCUGGGCCAGGGCCAGUGAAUUGGGCUUGGGCCAAAAAAAAAAAUUAAAAUAAUAAAACUAUUUUUACAAUUUAAAUCAAAAGUUGCCAAAAUCCAAAUCCAUUUUUCCAUUUUCAAAAAAAAAAAAGAAAAAUCAAAAUUAUGUCAACGCCAAAGCGCUCCACCACCACCACCACCACCACCAACCUCCGAUCUCCGACAAAGUCACCACCACCAUCGUCAAACGGAAAUUCCCGGCGACUCUUCACCGAGUCAGACGAGAUCCACCUCCUGAAAUCCUUCCUCAAGCUCUCCAAACAGUCAUCUCCAUCUUCAGCCAUCACAUCUCCAAACCUAGAGCGAAUCCAAACCCGAUUGGAUCACAAAUUCACUCACAGUCAGAUCAUCGACAAGCUCCGCCGUUUACGAAUUAAGUACCACCGCGAAGCAAGGACUAAGUCACUCAUCAAAACCCCUCACGAUACUCGUCUCCAUAAGAUCGCUCGCAAGAUUUGGGGCAAGAAAGCUCAGCAAUUACCCAAAGAAGAACAUGCAAAGGAAGAGAAAGAGAUGUUAAAGGGGAAAUGGUGGGAGUGUUCGGAUGAAGAGAAAGUGAAGGAAUUGCAGAAGAGAUGGGUUUUGCUGAGAAUGGAAGAAGCUGAGUUAAUGAGUAGGAAAGCUGAGUUGAUUAAGAAGCAAAUGAAGUUGAUAGCUCAAGCUUUAGGGUUUUCUUCUUCUUCUUCAUCUUCAUAAUUAUUUAUGUUUUUUUUUUUUUUUAGUUUGAUUUGAUUCAAGAUAAAUUCUUGGAAGGAACAAAAAAUGUAAUAUUUUGAAGGUUUGAUUUAAUUUUUUUUUAAUUUCCAAA